AUGAGAAUUUUGGACCAAUCACCGUUAUCCACUUUGACUCACACUUGGACACUUGGGAAUCCGUACUAUUUUGGAGGAAAUGUCACCGAUUACCAGUCUGUGAACCACGGCACUUAUCUUCACUGGGCUCAUGAAAAGGGUCUCUUGACCAACCUGUCCAUUCAUGCUGCUAUCAGAGGACCAUAUCCUGGACCUAAAGAUGUUCAACAUGAUGAAAAAUGUGGUUUUGAUCGCAUCUUGGCAAGGGAUAUUGACAAAAUUGGAACCCAAGGUAUUAUCAAGAAGAUCAGAGACAGAGUGGGAAGCGGAGCUAUCUAUAUCACAGUCGAUGUAGACUCCAUGGAUCCUGCUAACACUCCUGCUUCUGGUACUGUGGAGCCUGGUGGGUGGACCUCAAGAGAGUUGCUUACUAUUCUUGACGGCUUGGAGGGACUCAAUGUUGUGGGAGGAGAUGUGGUGGAGGUGUCCCCACCAUUCGACACUGUUGCCGAGUUGACGUCUAUCACUGCUGCCCAAGUUGCUGACCUGAUCAUUUCGUUGAUGAUUAUCAAGGAUGAGAAGAACUGA